AUGACUGGUAGAGCGAGAGCUAGAUCACGCGGGAGAGCACGUGUUCAGGAGGAGACCACACCUGGACAGCCACAGCCGCAGCCACAGCCCCCAAAACCUGCAGCACCACCUGCCGAACCGUCGGAGCCAUCACGGCCUGACCCUCAGCUUCUCGGCAGGGGGCGCCAGAGGGGACCUCCUUCAGCUGAACGGCCGCCGAUUGAUGUUCUACAGCUCUCAGCUGGAUUCCAAGAGAUAUCACUCGGCGAACGGGGCGGUCGUAGACGGGAUUUUCAGGAUCUUGGAGUAAAUACUCGCCAGACAAUCGAGCAUGUGAAAGCAUCCAAAACAGGUGUAUCUGGCGGCUCAAUCCAUCUGGUCACUAACCACAUCAAAUUGGUCUCCCGUCCACAAUGGGUCUUGUACCAGUACCACAUUGAUUACAAUCCUCCCAUGGAGUCCCGGCGCCUGAGAACAGCCUUGCUGUAUCAGCACGAAGAAACCAUUGGGAAAGCACAUGCCUUUGAUGGUACCAUCUUAUUUUUACCAAGAAGACUCAAUAAGGUUACAGAAGUGUUCAGCCAAACCCGGAAUGGAGAGAACGUGAAGAUUACAAUUACUCUGACAAACGAGUUGCCACCAACUUCACCCACCUGCUUUCAGUUUUACAACAUCAUAUUCAGGAGACUUCUCAAGAUUAUGAACAUGAAGCAGAUUGGACGCAACUACUACAACCCCAAUGAUGCUACAGAAAUCAGAGCUCACCGGCUGACUGUCUGGCCUGGCUUCUCAACCUCCAUCUUGCAGUAUGAAACCAGCAUCAUGUUGAAUAUCGACGUCAGUCAUAAAGUACUGAGGAACGAGACUGUUCUGGACUUUAUGCAAAAUAUAUAUUCCUCGUGUGGGCCGCAGGACUUCCAGGAUGUAUGCAUUAAAGAGCUGGUUGGGCAGAUCGUGCUAACCAAGUACAACAAUAGAACAUAUCGCGUAGAUGAAAUUGCCUGGAAUAGGAGUCCACAGUCUUUAUUUAAGAGGUCAGAUGGAAGUGAAAUCAGCUUUGUGGAAUACUACAAGAAUCAAUACAAUAUACAUGUCAAGGAUGAUGGGCAGCCAAUGCUUGUCAACAUACCCAAAAGAACCAAGCCAGGCAUCACUAAUGGAGCUAUUAUGUUGCUGCCGGAACUUUGUUACAUCAGGGGUUUAACUGACAAAAUGAGAAGCGACUUUAGUGUCAUGAAGGAUCUUGCUGUUCACACGCGAUUGCCACCAGACCAGAGGGAACGACAAGUAGGCCGAUUCCUCAACUACAUUCACAAGGAUGAAAGUGUUCAGAAGGAGCUGGGUGAUUGGGGCUUAAACUUUGACACCAAGCUUCUAAACUUUGCGGGCAGGGUUGCCCCUCCAGAGAAGAUUUUGCUGAGCGGACGAAUUGCAGAAUACAAUCCCCAGUUUGCAGACUGGUCCAGGGAAAUGAGAGGUCCGAUUCUGAUAAGUGCUUCUAAUCUGAAUAACUGGCUGCUGGUUUACCCCAGGAGGACUUAUGAUGCAGCCAACGCUCUUCUACAGAACCUGUACAAAAUUUCUCAGCAGUUGGGGAUGCAAAUGAAUAAAGCUGUAACGGUGGAAAUAGAGGACAAUGUGGGUGCUUAUGUCCGGGCCUUCCAGCAGAAUAUUUCAGACCGGACAGAGAUGGUAGUGUGCAUCCUGUCCAGUAUUAACAAGAUGAAAUACGAUGCUAUAAAGAAGUACCUGUGCCUGGACGUGCCCAUCCCCAGCCAGUGUGUGGUCGCCAGGACCCUGAGCAAACCGCAGACUAUCAUGUCUGUCUGUACCAAGAUUGCCCUUCAAAUGAACUGUAAACUGGGAGGGGAGCUUUGGAGUGUGGAGAUACCGGCAAGUCAAAUGAUGGUAAUUGGAAUUGAUAUCUAUCAUGAUACCUUGUCAGGAAAAAGAUCAAUUGCUGGUUUUGUCGCCAGCAUGAACAAAGGAAUGACUCGUUGGUUUUCCCAAUGUGUGGUCCAGGACAAAAAGCAAGAGAUUGUCGAUGGCCUUAAGGUCUGCAUGCAAGGUGCCCUCCAUUCCUGGUUUAAGGUCAAUGGCACUCUGCCCAACCGUAUUGUCAUAUACCGUGAUGGUGUGGGUGAUGGUCAACUGAAGACUCUGGUCAGCUAUGAAGUGCCACAGUUUCUGGACUGCAUCAAGUCGGCAGGCAAAGAUUACGCCCCUAAAAUGACACUUGUGGUGGUGAAGAAAAGGAUCAAUGCCAGGUUCUUUGCUGUCGUGGGGGGCCGGCUCCAGAAUCCACCUCCAGGAACAAUAGUUGAUACUGAAGUCACCAGACCUGAAUGGUAUGACUUCUUCAUCGUCAGCCAGUCUGUGCGUCAGGGCACCGUGUCCCCAACUCACUACAACGUUGUGUAUGACAGCGGAGGCCUGAAGCCAGAUCAUAUGCAGCGACUGACUUACAAGCUCUGCCACCAGUACUACAACUGGCCUGGAGUGAUCAGAGUACCAGCUCCUUGCCAGUAUGCCCACAAACUGGCCUUCCUCGUGGGUCAGAGCAUCCACAAGGAGCCACACGGUUCUCUGGCUAGCCUCCUGUACUACCUGUAG